AUGGAUUCUUUUAAAGAAAAGGCACACGUUCUUUCCGAAAUUCGUUCUAAAUUUACGAAAUUGGCUUCUAAAUUUCCAAAUAAUUCAGACUUAAUUUCUACGAAUUUUCAUACAUCCUUUCGUCAAAAAUUAUUUGUUGAUUACGGCUAUGGUUCAUCAAUUUAUGAUGAUGAGACCUCUUUCUUCAAACUUUUCGAAAGUCAAUUAGACAACGAAAUACCUGCCGAGACGAUACACCAAGAUGAAAUUUCAAAAAUAGAAACUUGCUUUGGUGAAAGUGUCAAAACAAAAUUCUUGAACGCGGUAAAUUCCGCACAUAAAUUUUGUCUUCAAAAAUGUCGCGAACAAAAACAAUCUGCAUUACGAGAUAUUUUUAUGCUUCCAUCCGGAAAUAAGGAACAAGUAAUCAAAACAUUAAACCAAAUAGAUUCUUCUUUUGUGGAUAUGCUAUCACAAAUGAUUGAACAGUUUCGAGUCACAAUUGGAUUUUAUAAUGUAAACACCAUUUCCAUGGAUCAUUCAUGUAUCAAUCAAUCACGUUUUAAAGACGAUACCAAGCAAAUUCUCGAAAGCUAUUUUUGUGAAAUAUCCGACCGACCGAACCAUUCUGAAAAGUUAAAAUUAAGUGAAACAACUGGGUUGUCCAUCAAACAAAUUGAGACUUGGUUCAAUAAUAGAAGAAACCGCGCCGAAAAAGAUAAUGAAAAACUCGAGAGAUUGACCACCGAAUUUCUGGAUAAAAAGGUGGAUUGGGAAGAUAAAUUCACUGCUGUUAGAUCAGGAAAGAUAACUGCAAAGGAUAUGAGAACCAUAAUCAUUCAGGCAUUUGAUCUUCCAUACACUGAUUUAAUUGAAGAAGAACCACUUGUUAUUGCCGACGACAUCGAAAUUACCAAAUCAAACGAAUCAUCAUCCCGUAAAAAGUCUACAAAAACCCAUGGACGUCUUACGAAAGAAGCUCGCAAGAAGGCCGCACCUUACAACAAAUCAUCACCGAUGACAACAAAAAGAGCAAUGAUGCGAAAAAAUGAAGUUAAAAAUGAUAUUAUUCAAAAUGAAGAUUCAAGAGAUUUCAUUUCUACUGCUCAAUAUUCCACUCAGGUCUACGAAAAUGAAUUAUCAACAGGGUCUAAUAUUUCUCAACAAACCACAACAGAUGUAUCCGAUAAUUCAGUUGCAAAAACAAAAAUGACCACACUAAAAAUUCGUCAUCGUCCCAAUAAAAAUUUGGCAAGAGCAAUAUCACAACCAUAUAAUCGCACGCAACAAAAUAAACAAGUAUCAAAGAACAAUGAACAGGUUCCCGAAAUAUCUAUAGAUAGACAUUUCAGGGUCCUCAAUGAACCAGUCAUUUCCAGAGCUCCAUCCAUGGACGAGGAACAAUUUCAAGUGGCGGAGGAAAUCCAGCAAGAUCUGGAUUUCACCCAAGUAGAUGACGUGAUACAAUAUGCUUCGCUCCCCAGUAGUUCCGCAAGCUCCUUUGAAGGAGACAUCUUUGAUUAUAUAUCCACAUACGCUCCAACAACAAGCUUUAGUAAUUUAUCAGACAUAUCCGACUUUAGUCAAGCAAGUGACAUAGUCGAUUUUGAUCAAUUAAAUGAUAUCUCCAAUGAUAUCUCCACUUUGAAUAGUUACUGCCCAACAUUACCUUUUGUUUUCGAACAAUAUGAUUCUUCAUCCAUGGUGAUGCAAUCGUCGAAUGAUCACGAUUUUACUUUCAAUGCGGUUUCCAUGCCUAAUUUAUCCGACAGCUAUUUGGAUUACGCGUCAGGCACGAGUAAUUUUGUAUCAACAGACACUUUACAAAACCAUGUUUCGGAGCAGGAAUCCGCAGUUGACAUGACAAAUCAUUAUAUGAACGUUAUUCAACAAACUUACUUAGACGAUAGCAAUUUUAUUGUCGAUCCGAUUUGUGAAAAUAUUGGCCCUAACGAUGUUGAAUCAUAA